AUGGCCCCCAUCGCAGUAGACGCUCCGCCCGCUCAGUCUUCCACAGAGGGCAUCCAGUCUCUCAAGGCCCGCCUCCAGGCCUCCAAAGCUGACAUUACCCUUCCCCCAGACAACACCCUCAAGCGAUACCUCAAGGCAGGCAUCGACCUCUCUAACGGCUACCCUUACUUCCCUCCCAAGCCCGAGUUUGUCCAGGAUGUACACCAGAUCCAAAACGGCUUGCGAGAUUAUGUCGACCCCGGCACAAGGGCUGACCCCGAGAAGAAGGCUCUCUUUGGCGCUGCCAAGGAGGUCAGGAAUCUCGGUACUUGGAUCGGAACUGAAAUCGUUGGACUUCAGCUGAAGAAUCUUACCGACAAGCAGAAGGACGAGCUUGCCCUUCUUGUCGCCGAGCGAUCAGUCGUCUUCUUCCGAGACCAAGACAUCUCUCCUCAAGAACAAGCAGCCCUCGGUCUAUACCUUGGUGACGGUGAGAUCGAGCGCCACCCCCAAGCAGCUCAAGUCCCCGGCCUCGACUCUGGUGUCUCUCUUAUCUGGGAAAAAGCCUUCAAGGGCUUUGAGGAUGGUAGGAGCCACCGUGUGCCGUACGGCGGCGGACAGUUCGGGUGGCACACCGAUCUCGUUCACUUGCCAUUCCCUCCUGGAUACACUCACCUCCAUCAAGACACUGUGCCCGAAGUGGGAGGUGACACCCUCUGGGCGUCCGGCUACGCCGCCUACGACAAGCUUUCUCCAACCUUCAAGAAGCUCAUCGACGGUCUCAACGGCGUCUAUCGUUCCGCCCACAAGUACAAGGACGCCAACGACCCCGAGGGCGACGCCAAAUACGUCACCCGCGUCCACCCUCUCGUCCGUACCCACCCCGUCACCGGAUGGAAAGCCCUCUGGAUCAACCGAGCGAUGACAGCAAGUAUCGAAGGCCUCGACAAACCCGAGUCUGACACCAUCCUUGAAUACCUCUACGGAGUGUAUGAGAGGUCGACCGAUAUUCAAGUCAGGUGGCACUGGACUCCGGGAACGAGUGCUAUCUGGGACAACAGAACGACGAUCCAUACGGUGUCUUAUGACUAUGAUGGUGAACGCCACGGCACUCGAGUCUCUUCUCUUGCAGAAAAACCAUACUACGACCCCAAGUCUACCUCCAAGGCUGAAGCUCUCCAGCUCCCUCGUUGGGUCAACACCCCCGACCUCAUCGCUGGGUACUGA